AUCAAGCAUGGCAUUUUCAUGUAAACUAGGUUUGAAAGAUUUUGGCGGUACAACCGUCAGCAUCAUGUUCUUAUCAUUAUGUACAUAUAUGCUAUUCAGCUGAAAUUUGUAGUAUAUUAUUAAUUGAAAAUACGAAAAACAUGUUCAUUUAUAAUUAUUUUUAAAGCUACAAAUACAUUCCUAGUAUAUUUAUUUCGACAUAAAUAUAACAAGAAAUUGAUAUUUUUACGAAAAUUUUGUAUCUACUAUCAUACAAUAUGAUAUCUACUAUCAUACCAAAGGCGGAAAACUACGAUAUAAAAAAACAAAUACAAGAUGAAAGUGAUAUAAAAGAACAGCAAAUAUCUUUAAAUAAUCGAGUUAUUGAAAAAAACGGAACAGUAACCAGUAGUACUGUGAUAUUUAAAAAAAACAAUAACGAUACGAAGAAACUACGUAGUGGAAAAUAUAUUAAUACAGAUCUUACGUCUGGUUUGAAUAAAAUUAAUGGAGAUUUAAGAAUUGUUAAAAGAAAAAUUAAUGGGGCAGAAGAAUUGGAAGCAAAAUCUGCUAAGUUAACAUUAAAAGAAACAAUAAUUUGUAAUGAUAAUCCUGACUUAAUAUUAAAUCAACAACAAUCAGAUUCAGGUGAUGAAUCUGAGAACAUUCAAAAGAAAACUAAGACUGAAAAUAAUUGUACAACAAAAAUGGAAGAAUCCAAAAUAUUAACCAAGAAAUCAGUUAAUGUAAAUCAAAAAUGUGAAUAUUGUUGUCAAAAAUUAAUAAGCACAGACAUAAAAAUAUAUCCUGGUCACCCUAAUGGUGCAGUAGAAGAAAUGAUUGCAUUAACAGAACCUAGAUUAUCUUUAUUCACAGGAGAAGAAGUUACGGUUCAUGAAAGUGAUAAUGGGCAUUUGUGCCCUUUUGAUACUGGUUUAAUUGAAAAAAAUGUGGUCCUUUAUUUUUCUGGUUACAUGAAACCUAUAUAUGAAGAAAAUUCAUGUCCAGAAGGAGGUGUGCCUACAAAAGACAUGGGACCAAUAAAUGAAUGGUGGGUGUCAGGAUUUGAUGGUGGUGAAUUAGCACUUGUAGGAUUUACCACAGCAUUUGCAGAAUACAUAUUGAUGGAACCUGCUGAAGCAUAUGCUCCAUUUAUGGAUUCUGUGAAAGAAAAGAUUUACAUGAGCAAAAUAGUCAUAGAAUUCUUAUUAGAUGAAGUCAAUCCUACAUACGAAGAUUUGUUAAAUAAGCUACAGACUAUAGUUCCACCAAAAGGAUUAUCUAGAUUUACAGAAGAUUCUUUAUUAUUAUAUGCACAGUUCAUCUGUGAUCAAGUUAUUUCUUUUGAUGCAUCAGCAGAAUCAGAAGAUUCUUUAUUAAUUACAAGUCCGUGCAUGCGAGCGUUAGUAACACUUGCUGGUGUGACAUUAAAUAAAAGAAUUGCAUUACGCAGAACACAAUCUAGAGAUUCAAAAAAUAAAAAGAUUAUCUGGACGAAAGCUACAACUACAAAAUUAGUUAAUAAUAUGUUUGAAACGUUUUUCUAUGACCAAAUAGCUAAAAAUAAUGACAAAGAAAUAUCGAGACCUAAAAGACAAAGAUGUGGGGUAUGUGAAACUUGUCAGCAGCCAGAUUGUGGAGUUUGUACAUCUUGUAAAAAUAUGGUUAAAUUUGGUGGAUCUGGAAAAAAUAAACAAGCAUGUAACAGACGUAGAUGUCCAAACAUGGCUAUACAAGAGGCAGAUGAUUCAGAUCAAGAAGAUGAUGAUUUUAAUGAUACAUCAGUAGAAAAUGUGAAGAUUACUCAAAAAAUGAUUUUAAAAGAAUUUAAACACGUAGAAAAAGAAAUUACAUGGGUUGGAGAGCCAAUUAUAAAUGAUGGACGAAGAACAUUUUAUAAAUCUGUCAUAGUUGUUGAUGAAGAAAUAAAAGCAAACGAUUGCGUUUUAAUUGAAUCAAAUGAUCCUACUGUACCAUUACAAGUAGCUAAAGUUAUUUAUAUGUGGGAAGAUAAAAAUGGUGCAAAAAUGUGUCAUGCCAAUUGGUUCAGAAGAGGUAGUGACACUGUACUUGGUGAAACAUCAGAUCCUUUAGAAUUAUUCUUGCUUGAUGAAUGUGAUAAUGUUCCUUUUACUUCAAUUAAAUCCAAAGCUAUCGUUAUUUAUAAAACUUGUCCGAAAGAUUGGAGUAAAUUAGGAAAUACAGAUAUAUUAGAUGAAAUACAAAAUAAAGAUGGAAAGGUAUUUUUUUAUCAAAAAACAUAUACUCCCGGCACAGCUCGUUUUGAGGAUUGUACUCCGGAUCCUGAAUGUCCACGAAAAGAAAUCAGUCAUCGAUUUUGUCCUGCCUGUAUACGUUUUACUACAUUGCAAUGUUAUUAUACACCAAAAGUGUUUGACCGCAAAGAAGAGAAGAGCAGCAAAGAAGUAACAUACAGUAUGGUAAAAUACAAGGACGAAGAAUUUAGAGUUGAUUCUGCUGUAUUUUUAAUGCCAGCAGCUAUAAAAUAUAAAUUUACAUCUACGUAUCAUCUUUCUCUGAAAGUGAAAAAGGGCAAGGUAGAUGAAGAUAUGUAUCCCGAAUAUUAUCGAAAAUUAUCAGAUGUGAAGGGACCAAAUUAUGAUACACCAGAGCCAUUUCAUAUUGGAUACAUAAAUUCAAUCUAUGCAACUACUAAUAAUAAAUUAGUUGCAUCAUCUGAUAUAUGGAUUAAAAUAAAUAAAAUGUAUCGACCAGAAAAUACACACAAAGGACUUACAUUAAUGCAACAAGUUGAUCUUAAUAUGGUAUAUUGGAGUGAUGAAGUUUGUGAUGUUAAAUUUUCGGAUGUAGCCGGAAAAUGUUAUCUAGCGUAUUUGGAAAAUUUAGAUCAAUCUGUAGAAGAAUGGACUGCUGCUGGGCCAAAUCGUUUUUAUUUUUCUCAAGCAUAUAACGCCUUAGAAAAAACAUUUGUUGAUCCACCGUAUCAUGCUAUGAACAUUGGAAAACUUGGAACUAGUAAAGGGAAAGGAAAAGCUAAGUGCAAAAGUAAAAAAUUAGAGAAUAGUGAUAAGAAAGUAACUUACAUACCUACAGACUAUCGUAAAGUAACAAGAAAGUUGAAGACGUUAGAUGUUUUUGCCGGUUGUGGUGGAUUGUCUGACGGAUUACAACAAGCUGGUAUUAUUGAUAAUCGAUGGGCAAUUGAGAAAGACGAACCAGCCGCAUGUGCAUAUCGACUCAAUAAUCCUAAUACAAUAGUAUUUUGCGAAGAUUGCAAUAUACUUUUACAGAAAGUUAUGAAUGGUGAUCUUUGUGAUAAUAGUGGACAACGUUUGCCUCAGAAAGGGGAGGUAGAAUUAUUGUGCGGUGGUCCACCUUGCCAAGGUUUUAGUGGCAUGAAUCGUUUUAAUUCACGGCAAUAUUCAUUAUUUAAGAAUUCUUUAGUAGUAUCAUGUUUGUCCUAUUGUGAUUAUUAUAGACCAAAAUUUUUUAUUAUGGAAAAUGUUAGAAAUUUCGUAUAUUUUAAACGAAGUAUGGUACUUAAAUUAACAUUAAGAUGCCUUGUACGAAUGGGUUAUCAAUGUACAUUUGGUAUUUUGCAAGCUGGAAACUACGGCAUUCCACAAACAAGAAGACGGCUAAUAAUAUUAGCUGCUGCACCUGGUGAAGUCCUUCCAAAAUAUCCUGAACCAAUUCAUGUAUUUAGCAAACGGGCUUGUCGACUAAGCGUUAUUGUUGAUAACAAAAAAUAUUCAUCAAAUUGUGAUUGGACAGAAUCGGCACCAUAUAGAAUGGUUAGAGUUCGUGAUGCGAUGUCUGACUUACCUAAUAUACGAAAUGGAUGGAAUAAGGAAGAAAUAGCUUAUAACGAUGAACCAAUAUCUUAUUUUCAAAGAAAAGUAAGGCCUAAAGAACCCGAUGUAGUAUUAAGAGAUCAUAUUUGCAAAGAUAUGACUCCGCUUGUUGAAGCGCGAAUAGCACACGUUCCAACUGCAAGUGGGUCUGAUUGGCGAGAUCUACCAAAUAUAAUAGUACGUUUAUCUGAUGGAACAUAUUCAAAAAAAUUAGAAUAUAUGUAUCAUGAUGAGAAAGCAGGCAAAAGUUCUACUGGUGCAUUUCGUGGUGUAUGUAGCUGUAGUGUCGGUAAAAUAUGUGAUCCAAUGGCUAAACAAUAUAAUACUUUAAUCCCGUGGUGUUUACCUCAUACUGGAAAUCGUCAUAGUAAUUGGGCGGGCUUAUAUGGUAGAUUAGAAUGGGAUGGAUUUUUUGGUACUACUAUCACUAAUCCUGAACCUAUGGGUAAACAGGGCCGUGUUCUACAUCCGGAACAAACCAGAGUUGUGAGUGUAAGAGAGUGUGCUAGAUCACAAGGUUUCUUUGAUUGUUUUCGUUUUUACGGAAGUAUAGUUGACAAACAUCGUCAAAUUGGUAAUGCAGUUCCACCACCAUUAGGUGCUGCGUUAGGUUUCGAAAUUAGAAAAUGUUUAAAAGAUGAUGAUGCCGAUGCCGAUGCCGAUGCCGAUUCUGAUGCUAAUCAGUUAGAAAAGAAAAUGGAAGAUUUUUAUGAUUGA